CAUGCAUUCACAGAAUUACGACAUCGACAUUUCGAAGCUACGAAUCUCCCAUAUUGCUUUCCGAGCUUGCGAAAUACCUUCAUAAGCAACAGAAAUAGAGGUGUUUUCGUGAGACGAAGUUUCAGCACUUUCUUCUGACAACGUGGUAGAACCACAGACUUCGCAGAGAUUGGAGACAGUUUGCUUUCGGCAGACUAGCCGCUUGAAAGUCCCUCUCUGCAGUGCAGUGACUGUUUUUAUUGUCAUUUAUUUUGCACAAACUCAAAGUGUUUAUGUCUUUUUGCAGUUGUUGCGAUAUUUUGGUGAGGGUAGCCAGUGCUAAAAGCCCACCGUGCCAUCCACACACAAAUCGCCAUACACACACACAUCGGCAUCCGCCAGACGAUUUUAUGUCUUCUUUACCGAACUGUCCGUGUCAUCCCUUACAUCACAACAAAAGGCUCAAGUCGAGUAAACACAUACAGAGUAACGGUUCCAACACAAGAGAGCAGCCAAGAUGGCGCUCAAUGUCAACCGCCAUGUUACCGACCAGUUCUACCGUUACAAAAUGCCACGGCUCGUAGCAAAGGUUGAGGGCAAAGGCAAUGGAAUUAAGACAGUCAUUUCUAAUAUGGUGGAAGUGAGCAAGUGUUUGGGAAGACCACCAACAUAUCCAACAAAGUUCUUUGGCUGUGAGCUUGGCGCGCAGACUCAAUUUGAUUUUAAGAAUGAACGCUACAUUGUCAAUGGUUCCCACGAUGUCUCCAAGCUUCAAGACCUCCUGGAUGUCUUCAUCAGAAAGUAUGUUCUGUGCCCUGGGUGUGACAACCCAGAAACCAACUUGAUUGUCAAGAAAGGAAGCAUUGGUCAACAUUGCGUGGCCUGCGGCCACCAGGGCAUGGUGGACAUGCGCCAUAAACUGACCACCUAUAUCACUAAGAACCCGCCAGAACAUGACCCCACCGCCAUUGGCUCCAGCAAGACUGAACGCAAGACUCGCAAAAGAGAGUCCACUAACAAUCAGAACGGGGACGGAGAUGCAGAUGGUCUCGAUUCUUCAACCUUGAAGGAGGAUGAUGAUGAUUGGUCUGUAGAUACCAGUGAAGAUGCAGUCGCCAAGCGCAUGGAGAGUUUGACGAGCGGUGCUAAGGGGAUUACCCUCAAUGAUGAUCUGACCAAGACCUCUCAGGAGCGACUGGACCUCUUCUAUGUGUUUGUCAAGAACAAGAAAGAACAAGGGAUAGUGGCGUCGGCUGGAGCUGACAAGGAGAUUCUUCAGGAGGCUGAGCGCUUGGACAUCAAAGAGAAAGGCCCACUGAUUCUAGCUGAGCUUCUCCUGGAUGAGAAUAUGAUCAAACAGUUGGUCACUUAUCGUCUGCACUUCCUCAGGUUCACCAAUGACUCCCAUAAGGCCCAGAAGUACCUGCUAGGAGCCUUUGAGCAGCUGUGUAAGACCUACCCAGAGAAGCUAAUGGGUAAGGUCCCGUCCCUACUCAAGAAGAUGUAUGACCUUGACCUACUGGAUGAGGAGGUCCUGAUUUCCUGGUCCAAGAAGCCGUCCAAGAAGUAUGUUUCUAAGGAGAUAAUGAAACAGAUUCUCGAUAAAGCUGCACCGUUCAUUAAAUGGCUGCAGGAAGCUGAUGAGGAAGAGUCUAGUGAUGACGAAGGUGUCGAAGUGGCAUUCUCUCAUCGCGGAGGUGGCAAGCUCAAAGUGGAGACCAUUGCAUCUCCAGACAAGGCGUCCAACCCUUCAUCUCCCUCUACUCCAGCUGAAGAUGAAAUCGACAUUGACGACAUCUGAGGUCACGAACCAAGGAGGCCAGAACUGCACUGUAGAUACGCUAUCGUUAGGAGUCUUUUUCAAAAUGUGUUCACUUUACGGAGGUUCUUUUGUUCGUGGUAAUGCAAGCACAUUAUCUUAUAAAGUUAUCGAUUCCCAUGUCUUCGGGAAUUAAAAUGUUGGAUUUGAAACUUUGAAUGGUGGAAGUUUAACUAAGAGAGGUUUGAGGUAAGACCAUGUGAAAAUCUCUUUUGGACAAAGGUUAACUACUCAAUGCUUUGAUUUAUUUGCUCUGAUCGUCUUCUCUUUUCGUGAAGACGAUCAGAUCAUACUGAUCAAAACCUUGAGUAAUAAACCACUGGUUCUUUUCAAAUCCAACACUGCUCAUAGAGAGAUAUUUACAUGGUGUUACCGCAAACCUCUCUUAGUUAAUUGAAAUGUUGUGAAUCUGGGGCCGUUUCACAAAGAGCUAAGAUUGAUCUUAACUGCAAAUCAAUCGUAGUUGCUAAGCAAAGUGUGAUGUUACAAUACAAAUUACUAAUGCUUACAAGUUAUCUUAAGAUUGAUCUAAGUGCUUUGUGAAAUCGAGCCAGGCUCAUUUUGUGAAAAUGGGUUGCGAAUCUUUACUUCAGACGUUAGCUGGACUCUCUCUAUCAUGAAUUGUACAAAGUUUCUGAAGUUGUAUUUGCUGAAACGUAUUGCUACAAAGAAGUAUAGCUUUAAUUCCAUUUAAAGUGUAUGUUUAAUCUGAUGCUGAAGCACCAUAAGUUCAGUCUUUUAGUCGACGAAUUGCUUGUAAAGCGUAAUACCAAAUAACAUCUAAAGUGAAAAUGCGUCAUUAACUGCUUUUAUCUUUGGGUUGCCUUUUCCUUUGCUGUUAUUAUAAUAUUUACUAUUUUUUUAAGCUGAAAAAAAAAGAUAGUUGACUUUUUUUUUUUUUUUGCUAGGUUAUUUUUUGAUUUUUUUUUAAGUUGAUUAUUUCAUUUGAAAAAUUUUUCCGUAACAUAAAAAAGAUAGGAAUCGAUUCUGAGAAAGUUUGCUCUAUUGCUCUAAAAAGGGUUGAUUUGAUGUUUAAUGAAGAAUAAUUGGAAAACUGUAUGAUAUUAGAGAUUAAAUCACCAUUGAAUGCACAGUAAUUGCACUUGUUAAAUUAACAAGGUAUUGCUGAUUGAAAAAAUGUAAAAUCUGUAAAUUGCCUCUCUGAAAACGAUAAUUGUGUGUACAAGAUUGUCAUCUUGAACUAUUGAGCAUGAUUGAUUAUAAUUGACUGUCACCUAACAAAGGUUUUGAGCAAGUUAGAGUGUGCACUAAAGGUUAACUACAGGUUGACUAUUUUGACUCAAACCAAGGCUGCUGGUCGACCAUUGGUUGACUACUGUGGUCGACCAUUUGGAACCAGCCUCACGACCAUGGUUUCUUCCAUGGUCCCGAUAGCCUGUUGUUUGCUAACAUUUGUAAAGCGCAGAAGGGAAGUAGUGACACAAGGCGGAAGGCAAUGAAGUUUUAAAUACUGUGUGGUAUCGAUGGUUGACUAGCUAGGCUUCCAAACGGGUCGUUUGAGUGAGUACAUGUAUGGCACUGUGCAUGCUGGUCGGUAGUCAACUAAGUGUGCGACUCGAACUUGUUCAUAGCCGCUGCAAUUUUUUCCAAUGUAUUUGAACUGUUAUUAAUGAUGAGUCAUUUAAAGUAUUUUGUUGUAGUCUGUGUUUGAAUUAACAAGUUGUUACAUAUCCUGAUGUUUCGCUGUGAAUUACAUCAAAUGCAGAUCCUUUGGAUGGAUUAUAUUAAUCACGGUAUGUACAUCAUGGGGAUUGUGAAAGCAAAAGGAAUUUCCCGUCUCACAAUUGGGGGAAAACUGCACUUUGCUUGCUUGACCAAUGAUGUGAAUUUGUGUGAAAUAUAACCCGGGCUUUAUAAGCAUUUAUUACUAUGGAGGAAUGAGGGGCUAAAGAGAGGGGUUGAAUUUGGUCAGGCGGUAGUCUUGGUUCUAAGACCAUUGGUGUUGCGCGGUCACACACAACCAACGUUCUGAUUAUGCACGGCAAAAACUGUACACGCUUGUAAUGAACGAACGCUAGCGGGCGCUCUGUUUCUCUGAUUUAGAUCUCACCAUGUCUAGAGUCUGUGCUCAGAUCUAAAUCAGAGAAACAGAGCGCCCGCUAGCGUUCGUUCAUUACAAGCGUGUACAGUUUUUGCCGUGCAUAAUCGGAACGUUGGUUGUGUGUGACCGCGCAACACCAAUGGUCUUGGAACCAAGACUAGUCAGGCGGUAGAAGGGGGGCAGUGUUAAUGGUUAAAUUUUUCCCAGUUUAAGUUUCACUCUUUGAGAAGGCUUUUGUAUUGUACUUUGUAUUAACUCCUCCUGUCUGUAAAAACAGUUACGAGAUAAUAAAUACUAGCUGUUGCUAAGAGCUGCUUUACUUUAUCGCACAUUAACUUGGUGAUCCAGCCGCAAUUCAGUGGCCAUCUUGAAUGAAAACACAAAAUAGUUGAUGUGGUGUAAGAGAUUUGGGCACGUUGAUGUACAGGUUUAUUUUGAUUGCUGUAAUUAAAAUAAGCGGAGGUGAUUUGGGGUAUAGGUAUUAAAUACUAUUUUCUUGACUCGGACAUAGUUUCAUACAGAAAUAUAUCUCUCGGGAGGGUUGGUACUGGUAUGAACUUAUGGUUGCCUCUGAUUAAAGUAAUAAAACAAUUCUUAAUAAAAUAAUUAACAAUCCUGUCACCCUGUUAUUACAAACGGCAAAAGAUGAACCUUUAAGCACUAACUAAAGGCAAUGUGAAUUAUAAAAUAUUAAAUAUUAAACAUUAAAUAUUGGAGCAUUUGUCUUUAAUAAAGUUACCAUCAUUGCAUGUUGAAACAGAA